AUGAGUACACCAAUAAGUACAGCAAUGGAUAGUUUGACAGCUGCAAUUAGAUCUAAUAUAAUUCCAAAUCAAGAAUACUUAUUACAAGGAUCAGUGUUGGAUAGUGCUGUAGAAGUAUUGCUUCAUAGAUUACGUGGUUUAUGUGAUAAUGUAGAUACUGGACCAGAAACUUUUAAUGAUCAUGAAAUGUGUUUUAGCAUUAGAGGAUCAGAACAGCCAUUACUUCUACGUGUAAGAAGAGCUUUAGAUUAUCAAGAUAUGCCUUGGCAAUUACGUUAUAUUGGUCAACCUGAAUUGGGUGACAAAUCACGACCCACAAUUGUUAGAAGCAGUUUAGAUAUAGCAACUAGUAACACAGUUGUUGAUUUUUUAACAGAACUUGGAUGUAGGCUAGAUUUUGAGUACAUUGCACGUGGUUAUAUGUUUCGUAAGGGAAGAAUGAAAGUUACAGUUUCCAAGAUAUUUAAAAUGGGUCAGCAAGGAAAAAUACCUGAAAGUAUGGAAGCAAUAUCUCAAAGUUAUUUAGUAGAAUUGAGUGUUUUAGCACCUAGUGGUCAAGAUGCAAUAGCAGAAGAUAUGAGAAUUUUUGCAGAACAAUUAAAACCCUUAGUACAACUUGAAAAAAUUGAUUACAAAAGACUUGUCCAUUAA